CUUUAUGUAACACGUUUUCUCAUUGGCUCUUGUCAAGCGUACAAUGACAAUGUACCCGUCGGAGCCGCUUCACAAAAUUCCUUGCGUAUGAAUCUUGUGACAUAAAUACUUCGCACAACAAUAACAAUGGCUACGUCAGAUGACGAUUUUCACAUGUCAGAUCUGGAUGACCUGGAUCUUUUGGGACCGUUAAUGUCAAAUUUUGACUUGGAAGCAGAUAUACUGGAAGGUUUAGAGUCAACUGAUUUAAAUGUAUCCAAAGAAAAUAAUACGGAAGUGUCAGACUCUGAUAAACAACCUACGGCAGUGCCAGAGGAAUUUACAGCAGACGACGUAAACACAAGUGGUGUUUUUGGUGAUGAUACAACUGAUGGAGUUGCUUUGGAACUAGUGAAUGAACCAGAAAAAGACCAAGACUUAAUUGAAAUGAUGGAGGUUGUUGAAGGUAUAACAACAGAAGAAAACAAAGAAAAGCCAAGUGGGAGGUUCCCGAAACUAUCAUCUGAUGACAAAGAAAAUAUACUUGAUGAGGCGCUUAGUAAAUCAACCAAGAAAAACACAAAAUAUGGAGUGAAGAUAUUUAGGCGUAUGUGUUAAAAUAAAAAUAAAUUGAUGUAUAAAGAUUUGUAUAUAUUUCUUUUCCUCUUCAAAAAUAAGACAAAGAAAUGAAAUAUAGUCAUAAUCAAAAUCUAUCCAGCUAUCCACUUUCACUGCUUACUGUCUAUUUUGGUCAUGGAAUCCCGUCCAAAAGACUAAACUUUUUACAUUGCAAACGCUAAAUGGGUGCAAUUGCGGGUGUUUAUUGUACAAUUUUACAUUAUGUAUUCGUCUUAUAUGCAUAAGAUGAAAAUUUCUGUUCACUAAUAAUUUCAUGAAAUUUGCUGAAUUAAAAAUACCGUUAUACAUCCCAACAUCAUGUUUGCACAAGUAUCUUCCUAAUAGUAUUAGAUGCCUUGAAAUCCACAAUCAAUUCAACUACCAAUUAUAAAACUUCCUCACUUUCUAUAAUGGUUAUUAGCAUACAUGUAUAUUCACGUUUCAUAACACUUUAUCUUGAGCAACUGGUCCAUUCUAUUUAUAGAUUUUGUUGUGUCAAAAAAACGAUAUAAACAUUUUGAUGUUUUCUUCUGUCUCGUCUUCCAAUAUUGCCUUUUAUUUGUAUUUCCCACAUCCAAUUGAAUCAUGUGUUGUAAUUGUAUGUUAUAUGUACAUCAUUUGCAUGCUGCUUAGUUUUACGGAGUUUUCGAGACUUCCAUUUUUAUCUAGCA